AUGACAUUAGACAGGGGUGAGAGUUUCUGUGGCAAGAUCCAGCCGGCCACGUCGGUGUCGUGCCUAUCUCAAUGUCAGAACAUUUUCGGCAAACGGCUUAAACGUUGGGGCUCUACUGGCUCUUGGAGCCCUGGCGCGACGAGCGGAGCGGGCGCGGGCGCGGAGAGCGGGUCGCGCGACGCGCUGGACGUCCGCUACUCGCUAGCCGCGCUCGCCGAUGAUUACACCAAGCGGAAGCAUGUCGUGCGCGUCACCACAGCCGCUGGUGCAGAGCUACUACUACAGGCCGAAGGCGCAGCCGAUGCUCAGCGUUGGCUAGAAGCACUACGACGGCAUUCGGCGGAACCUCCGCCAGCUGAAACAGCACCCGCCGCUCUCAGUACCUCGCCCACCACCAACAACACUACCACUCUCGCGCCCGCUCCUGCUCCCGCAUCCGCUCCUGCGGCGAACACUACGUCCUCGCAACCGGAGUGUCCAUCUCCUUUACCACCACAACGCAGCAAGAAAAUCACCAGGAAUAGAUCGCCUACCGGUCCACCGACACCGACGCUGCCGUCCUCACCCAAAAACAAGACGUGGAAGGGUCGCAUGGCGAAACAACUGCGGCGCAUGCAGGGCGGGACCGGGGCCGCGCCGGGUUCAAACCCCGCGGUCACGGGCUGGCUGGGGGCGCCGCUCGAGCGCUGUCCCACCGACCCCGACCACCCCGGGGUACCGCUCGCUGUCACCCUACCAGCUACCGCUGUAGAGGCGUACGGGCUGCGGACCGUGGGCGUGUACCGCGUGCCCGGGAACGCGGGCGGCGUGGCGGCGCUGGCGGCGGCUCUGGACCGCGGCGCGGCGCCGGCCGCCGACGCGCGCUGGGCCGACGUGCACGUGGCCUCCAGCCUGCUCAAGGCCUACCUGCGCCGCCUGCCCGACCCGCUGCUCACGCACCGCCUCUACCCGGCCUUCAUCGCGGCUGACCGCUCGCCAGAUAGAGCCCGCGAACUGCGGCGCCUGGUUCACGCCUUACCCGAGGCUCAUUACGAAACACUUAAGUACCUGAUCCAACAUUUGCGCAAAGUGGUUGCGCACUCUGCCUUCAACAAGAUGGAGGCGCGGAACCUAGCCAUAGUGUUCGGGCCGACGCUGGUGAGAGCCGCUAGCGACGACAUGCUGGCCAUGGUCAACGAUAUGUCCAGCCAGUGCCGCAUCAUCGAAUCUUUCCUCACGCACUACGCGUGGUACUUCGAGGAGGACAGCGGCGAGCCGCCGGCCGAGGCGCCGGAUGGCGACGCGCUACCCGGCGCGCCCGCGCCCUCGCGCGACUUACUCAUCCACAACGUCAAGAAGAUCGAAGGCAAAGACGUGUCGACGCGCGACAUCGUGUCGUCGAUAAUAUCGGCGGCGAACCGCAAGAUCCAGCGCAAGCCGCGCGCGAAGGCGGCGGCGAGCGGCGACAAGAAGUGGGCGGAGGCGGACAAGUCGCCGCCCGCCUCGCCGCCGCACCACGCCACCGCGCUCGCCGACUACGACGGCCUGCCGCCGCGCUUCCACCGCUCCUCCGACAAAAUCGAGAUAGAAAGCAUGACGGCAAUGAGCCGCGGCCGGCAAGAGGUCUCUCGACACACACAUACAUUGAACAACUUCUCGAUCGACGGAACCGGAGAUCUGGUGUCAUCUCUCACGAGCACUUUCGAUCAGAAACUGCGCACUUUGAACAACUCGUCGCCGCUCGACGACGGCAGCAUCCCGUACGCGGACGAGUGUCAAGACGAAGCGGAGGACAAGUCGAGCGGCAGCUCACCCUCGCUGGGCAGAGAUUGCGUCGACCGCGAGGAGCGCGCGUCGCCCUCGGUGCGGGCCCACGAGCUGAAGGCGGCGUGGCUGGCGCGGGACGUGCGCCACUCCUCGUCGAGCAGCAACGAAGACGAGUCCCGCCACUGGCCGCGCCGCUCGCCCCCGGAGAAGCCGCUCGACAACGACGACUCCGAAAAGGAGAACUGCCUUCACACGCGUCGCCCGCUCGACGACGACAAGGACGUGGACACGCGCUCGCAGGCGUCCAGCAAUGACGCCGCCCCGGACAACGACAAGCUGCCCUACUACAGCGGUCUCAGGCUCGCCAACCCGGAGACCGUGAAGCGGAACAGCGCCGCGCUGGAACACGAGCCCGAGGCGAACGAGCGCGGCGACGACGAGUGUGCCAAGCUGAAGCGCUCCGAGUCGCUGGGCCGCGAGGAGCGCGUGCUGCGCGCCGACGCGCUCAACUGGCGCGCCGAGCGCCUGCAGCGCUCCGAGUCGCUGAACAAGGGCGAGCGGCCGAGCAAGCUGGAGAAGGCCGAGUGGAACGUGGCACGGCGGCGCGAGGCGGGCGCCUGGCGCUCCACCAAGCUCAAGCGCAAGAACGGUAUGCCCGAGCGCGGCAUCAAGCGCCGCCACACCGUCGGCGGCACCAAGGACUUCGACAAGGAUGGCUGGGGCGCGCGCCACACGCGCACGUCGUCGCCCGACCUCAGCGACCUGCUCGCGCCCGCGUCCGCGCCCGCGCCCGCGGCGCUCGUGCCGCCGCCGCGCCCGCCGCUCGAGUCGCACGUCUGA